UGUUGUUGAUCCAAAUUUACAAAAGAUCUGUGCGUUGCGUCUAUGCUUUCUUUGAAAAGUCUCUCUUUGCUUUCGUUUGUCAGCUUCUCGAGUCUAUCUCUUGUCUUUCUUGAGCUCCAUUUUUAGUAUUUUAGCUACUGGUUUUGAUAACAGAGGAGGCUGUGGCGAAUAAUAAUAGUAGGAGAAGACCAGAAGCUUGAGGGGAUCACGGUACGCGGUGGUAGAUUGGAGGAUGGGAGGAGAGACGGGAGCGCCUACGCCCCAGGGGCCGCCGGUGGUUCCGACCGCACCGCCGUCGGUGCAGAUGCAGAUGCCGAUGCCGAUGCCGACGGCUGCUGGGUUUGGAGACGUCCACCCGACUCACCCGCCCCUCGAGCAGCUUCCCAAUCUUCAGUUUUGCCUCCAUUCCAACCCUUCGUGGCCUGAAAUGUUUGCACUUGCGUUCCAACACUACAUAGUUAUGUUGGGAUCAAUUGUCAUGCUAGCUUCUUUUCUCGUCCCUCUGAUGGGUGGAAACCAUGGAGAUAAGGCACGUACUAUUCAGACACUCCUGUUCAUGAGUGGGAUUAAUACCCUUCUCCAGACAUUGAUCGGAACACGGUUACCCACUGUGAUGAACUCAUCUUUUGCGUUCAUCAUCCCUGUCAUGUCAAUUAUCAGAGACUUCAAUUCACGGGCCUACAAUGAUGAACACCAGAGAUUUGUCCAUACUACGAGAACCAUUCAAGGAGCACUGAUAAUUUCUUCGUUCGUCAACAUAUUUAUUGGGUACACCAGAGCAUGGAAAAAACUCUUCAGGUUCUGCAGUCCUGUGACUAUAGUUCCUGUAGUUUGUGUUGUGGGUCUUGGACUGUUCGAGCGAGGCUUCCCUCAGCUAGGAAAAUGUGUUGAAGUUGGAUUGCCAGUGCUGAUAUUGUUAGUAUUAUUAGUUAUCGCCCAACAGCAUACGAAGCACGUUAAUGAGAGAGCUUACUUUGUGCUUGAGAGGUUCUCAAUCAUUUUCUGUGUCAAAAUUGUAUGGGCUUUUGCUGCUAUUCUUACUGCUGCUGGUGCAUACAACAAUGUCCCCGAGAAGACCAAGUUGCAUUGCCGUACUGAUAGAUCAUACUUAAUAUCAUCUGCUCCAUGGAUUAAGAUCCCGUACCCAUUUCAGUGGGGUGCUCCCAUAUUUGCUGCAAGUCACGUAUUUGGGAUGAUGGGUGCAGUACUUGUUUCAGGUCUUGAGUCUGCUGGAGCCCAUUAUGCAGCUGCUCGGCUCGCAGGUGCUACACCACCUCCUCCAUAUGUGCUAAGUCGAAGUGGCGCGCUGCCGCUGGCUUCCUUGAAUCACAUCUCCUUGGUCUGCAGAUCAGUGGAGAGAUCACUUGACUUUUACCAGAAUGUGCUCGGCUUCCUCCCCAUCAGGAGGCCGGGAUCCUUCGAUUUUACUGGUGCCUGGUUGUUCAACUACGGAAUCGGCAUCCACUUAUUGCAAUCUGAAGACCCCGAGAAGAUGCCGAGGAAGAAGGAGAUUAACCCCAAGGACAACCAUAUCUCCUUCCAGUGCGAGAGCUUGAGCAUGGUGGAGGGGAAGCUGAAAGAGAUGGGAAUCCCUUACAUCCAACGUCGAGUGGAGGAAGGUGGGAUCUACGUGGACCAGCUAUUCUUCCAUGACCCGGACGGCUUCAUGAUCGAGAUCUGCAACUGCGACAACCUCCCGGUGAUCUCGCUUUCCGGGGAGCCCAUCAUGGCCUGCAAGAGAGUGUUUUGUAGUGAAAAUGUUGGACUUCUGGGAUUGACACGCGUUGGAAGUCGGAGAAUCGUGCAGAUAUCGGCUGGUUUUAUGAUAUUCUUCUCCAUCUUCGGAAAGUUCGGUGCGUUGUUCGCUUCAAUUCCAUUACCAAUAUUUGCAGCAGUAUACUGUAUUCUGUUUGGACUCGUCGCUGCUGUUGGUGUCUCAUUUAUUCAAUUCGCCAACAACAACUCCAUGAGGAACCUGUACAUAGUGGGCCUUUCACUUUUCCUUGGUAUAUCUGUUCCUCAGUACUUCAAUGAAUUCACGGCUUCAGCGGGUCACGGACCAGCUAAAACAAAUGCUGGAUGGUUCAAUGACAUAUUAAAUUCUAUCUUCUCGUCGGCUCCAACAGUGGCAUUUAUAGUAGGAAUAGUGCUGGAUAACACACUGGAGGCCCGGACUUCUUUCUCCGACAGAGGGUUCUUAUGGUUGAAUCCUUUAAACAAGAAUGAUGCCAGAAAUGAAGAGUUCUAUAGCUUCCCUAUCAGAGUGCAUGAAUGGAUGCCGACCCGUUUCCUUAGAUAAUAUUGCUAGCCUCCAAACAUGUAAAUUGCACAUGUAUGCAUUCUCAAGAGUUUAUUCUAUAUGUGCUCAUACAUGCUGAAAAUUUAUGUCUGAUCCUUUACAUACCAAAUGUUUCUUAGUCAAAUUCUUCUGAAGCACUUCAAA